GGGGGGCUUGUAUUUAGACAGGGUAGCGGACUGGCUUGCAAAACCUCAAACUCUUAGUGAGGAAACAUGGCACAACUCCUUAAACUGACCCUCUGCCUCUUAACAUGGAUCCCAGGCUCUCUGUGUCAGGUAACCACCACGGAGGAGUUUGCAGUUCUGGAGGGCCGAUCCGUCACAGUCCCGUGUCUUUACGACCCUCAGUAUGCCGGCAAUGUAAAGUACUGGUGUCAAGGGAAAGUGAGGGGAUUCUGCACCACCUUAUCUCGAACAGACACCCCCAAUUCAUCCAGUACAGCUGAGGAGAAAGUGAUUAUUUUUGAUGACCAGGCCCAGCUGGUGUUCACAGUGACCAUGAGAGACCUGAAGGAGGAGGACAGUGGCUGGUACUGGUGUGGCGUGGAGCUGGGCAAUAUGUGGACUGUUGAUGAUUUUGCCUCGACUUACAUUAACGUCAUUCAUGGUAUGUCAGUGGUGAACAGCAGAGUGAGCGGGGAGGAGGGGAGCAGUGUCACUGUUGAAUGCCUCUACAGUGAGAGAUACAGAGACAGUGUGAAGAAGUGGUGUCGGAGCGGAGACUGGAGCUCCUGCCUGCUGACAGGCUCUGAAAGCCGCUAUGAAGACACUUCAGUGGCCAUCAUUGAUGACAGAACUGGGGCUUUCACUAUAACCUUAAAGGAACUGCAGAUGAAAGACGCAGGCUGGUACUUGUGUGCUGCAGGACAGCAGCAGAUGUCCGUCUACGUGCUGGUCACACCUCGCCCCUUCACCAGUAACUUGAAGGCAGCAGAGUCUGUGACAUCUCCACCCACACCGAGUCAACCUGCUGCAAACCUGCUCGCUACCAAACCCAGUGCACAGGAGUCCAGGGACACUGACACAUGGCACCUUGGGCUAUCUGAGGCGGGCUUACUGGUGACAGUGUGUGUGGUUCUGGCGGCCGUAGUGAUAGUGGGUUUAUAUGCUGUAAAAAUGAUCUGGAAUGUGCACGCAAUGGAGCUAAGGAAAAGACAAGCAGAGGAGCUGAAAGCAAACCCCCAUGAUUACCAUGGGGAUCCAGGUUUCCUCCAAAACACUGCUGUUGUUGUCCUUAACAAGGAUUCCCGGAGUGUGCAUGUGUUCUGACCUCCGUCCUUACCCAGCAGCUGUUUGGACCCGGCUCAGAAUAACACAUAAUGACGUGUUUGUCACUGUGUGUAUUUGCACUGUCUCUUAUUAGUUGUUUGUUUAUUGCUUGAUUAGAAUUAGCUGAGCGCUCGCACAGCUACUAGUCUGUCUGUGGCCCAUAAACCAUAACCAUAAAAGAAAUCAUGAAUGAAAUCAUGCAAAAAGACAUAGCUACUCAUGACCACUGAUUACAUAAGGUAACAGUAACAGGCAAAUACAACAGAAACAACAGAGAAAUUAAAAAUGGUUAAUUUUCAGUAGUGAUAUGUCCUAAUCAUGUUACAUGCAAUGUGUUUACUGCACAUUACCAAUGCUCUGUUUGCAGUGUCUGCUUUAUAUCACAUACCCUUCUACCGUUAAAGACAUUUAAAGGUGCACCAGGCAACAUUGCUGAGUCGAUUACAGCGAGGACCGUUUAGACUCAACUGACAAACCUGUGGAAUAAAAUCUCAAUCUGUCAGAAUGAGAGGCAUGAGGAAUCCACCAUCAAAUUAUUGAGAUUUUUUGUCAGUUGAUUUUAAAUGAUCCCCAAUUAAACUGACCCUGUGUGUCCUGUAAAAUAGAUGCUUUCUGAUUUGUAUUUUGUUCCGUGCGUUUAUUUUACAUAACAGUCUGCUUUAUGUCAUAUUAAAGACCUUUCAAUCUGA